AUGCCGUCCGGUCAUGCAGCAACAGUCAAUCCGUCUGCGAUCAACCCGGUCGUAGCUUCUACCUAUUCUCAUGCCGACUCAUCAGCACCGCAGCCUUUCAGAUGGAACCCUCCUUCCCGCAUGCAGGACGAAAUGAACGCGACAGACGACUUUGAGGGCGAUGCCGAUGCCGAUGAAGACGACGAGGAUGGCGAGCAUCUUGACGGGACAGAGGCUCAUCACAACAUGAUCAACGAAUCCACUGUCAAGUCGGGAUAUCUCGAGAAGAAGGGUGAGAAGCGCAAGACAUGGAAGAAGCGUUGGUUCGUCUUGCGUUCCUCCAAACUCGCAUACUACAAGAACGACAAGGAGUAUCAGCUUCUCCGCUUCAUCGAUGUUGGAGACAUCAAAACCGUCGCUUCCGUCGAGCUCAAGAAGAGCGUCAACACAUUCGGCAUUGUCACUCCCAAACGAACCUUCUAUGUCCGUGCAUCUUCCAGAGCAGAGUUGGAGUCAUGGAUCGAAGCCCUCAACGAAAUCAUGACGCAGUAUGCUCAGAGCAGUACCAUGACCCAGGAGAUGGCGGCUAUGGAGCUUGGCAACACCGAAACCCCAGCACCCUCUUCCACUGUCCCUCAGCUGCCAACAUCGCAACCACGAAAGCGGUCCGUCUCGCAAGAGCGUUCGCCGACAUCAACGGCGAUCCCCAUUAAGAUUGGCAUCCCAGAUUCAAGCAACUACUCCGCACCAGCACAGCCAAGACCGAUUCCAGGUUCGAAUGCCUUCAGCCCUCUCACUGCGACCAGCGACAGCGACACAGGCGCUGAAAGGUACGGCCUCAGCUACACAAGCUCGGCCGGCCCUUCCAUCUCUGGCAGCCCUUCGACGCGCCCCGAUCCUUCGCAUUUGUUCCUUCUGGCCGGGCAGUCGCCGGGAGGUGGUGGCGGUGGAGGCCAUACCUCGGGCAGCGAGAUUAGCGAUGUAGGUGGACAUCAACGCCGUCCCUCGGCUGCCUUCGGAAGCUUACCGCGUCUGCGAAGCACCAGCACGACACGCUGUCUGGCAUCGUCUUCGAGCGGAGGUGUCGAGCAACCAGGCAGCCCUGUUCUGCAGCAAGGUGGCGGUGGAGCACAUUUGCUCAGCAGCUCAGACGAGGAAGAUGAGUGGGAUGAGGAAGAGGUGGCCGACCAAGCAAUGCCACUGCCAGCUCUGGGCUCUUCACAAACUUCUCAACACCCGCCAACCCUUCCCCUGCAGACGCACGCCCAGCAGCAAGCGUCUCAAGGCCAACCAUCACCACUGAACAUCUCGCCAUUGCCGCAUGGCGGCAGCGACCUCAUUCGAGAUCCAAACAAGGUCAUCACCCAAGGCUACUUGAUGAAGCAAAGCGGGCGACGCAAAGUCUGGCGCAAGAGGUGGUUUGUGCUUACUUCUUCGCGUUUGCUUUACUCGCGAAGCCACAUGGAUGCCAAAGCGCAUCGUCAGAUCCCUAUCUCUUCGAUGCUUGAUGCGAUCGAGUACGAGCCCAAGAAAGCCUCGUCGGGUAUUCCGACCUCACCAGGUAUCGGGUCACCAAGCACGAAUCCUUUUGCAUUGGACAACGCCGAUCGGGACGGCAACGCUGCUGUCACACCUGGCGCCGGACCAUCCGCCGCACUCCCCGAGAAGCCAGAACGAAGAGGUAGCAUGGUUGCUGCAGCAGCCGGCGUCGCAUCCAACAUGACUGCGGGCAUGGUUGGGUCUAAAAAGCGCAAAGAGAACUGCUUCCAGAUCAUUACGCCCAAACGUACUUUCAUCCUUUGCGCUCCGGGUGAGGACGAAGAGAUCAAGUGGAUCUCAGCACUCAAAACGCUCAUCACAAGACAAAGAAACGGUCAGACACCGAGUGUCAACCCUCCUCUCUCCCCUACUUCGAUAGGACCUGCUUCCGCUUUCCCCUUCUACUCUUCCACCACGAGCGGAAGCACUGCGAACACUCCAGCAACUGGCGGAUCCUUGACCUCACCAACAGCCGCAGCUAAGUACGCUCCAGCAUCGGCCAAAGGAACGGUCCCAUCGCCUACAGUGCCCAACUCGACCUCAACAGCAGCAGUGGGUCAACCAUCUCAAUUGACUUCGAUCGGCGCUGCAGCACAUACCCUAUCGAGCGCUUCGCUGGCGUCUAAUCAGACCUCUGCCGCUACAAUUGCUUCGAACGGCAACAGCAAUGGAAACGGCACACACGCAGCAGAAGCACGACAUACUUCACCUUCAGCGAGCAGUAUCGGGGCCGCACCGACUGCUCAAGCUACCUAA